CCUCCCUAGGGACAUUGGUAAGAGCCCCCAUGGCAGCUGUGUCAUGGCCAGAGCCUGGUCCUGGUGCUGAUCCUUGUGCUGGGACAGAGGACAGCGCUGAUGGGCCCAGGGGGCUCAGAGGUGGGUCCUGGCCAGGGGGCCCACCCUGCCCCUGGAGCCCACCGGAGGGAUGUCCCGAUGCGGGGAUGCGGUGCUCCCUCUGCGUCCUGGCCUGGUGAGGGUGGUCAGCAGGAUGGGGCAGGGCCUGGUGCAAGCAGACACAGCUGGGCUGGUGUCUGUGCCCCUGUGCGGGACCCUCUGGGGGGCUGGCAGGAGCAGGGUCCCCAGCACGAUGCCUGUGAGCCAGGCCCAUGCCCAGAGCUGGGGAUGCUGCUGUGGAAACAACGGCUCCAGGGCAAGGGCUCUGGAGGCUGGGGCUGCCUGGUCCCCGUGGCUGCUGGCCUUCUGGAGCUGGUGCCAGGUCCUGUCCCCAUCCUUGUCCCUGUGCCAGGCCCUGGGCUGCACCCACCAUCCCCCGGACCCCCAGCUGGUGGAGAGGAGGUCGUGCGUGGCAUUGCCGUUGAGAAGUUUGACAUUGUCAAGAAGUGGGGGAUCAACACCUACAAGUGCACCAAGCAGCUCCUCUCAGAGCGGUUCGGACGGGGGUCCCGCACGGUGGACCUGGAGCUGGAGACUCAGAUUGAGCUGCUGCGUGAGACCAAGCGCAAGUACGAGAGUGUCCUGCAUCUGGCACGGGCACUCACAGCCCAUCUCUACAGCCUCGUACAGACCCAGCACGCCUUGGGGGAUGCCUUUGCUGACCUCAGCCAGAAAUCCCCUGAGCUCCAGGAAGAGUUUGGGUACAACGCGGAGACACAGAAGCUGCUGUGCAAAAACGGGGAGACGCUGCUGGGUGCUGUCAACUUCUUUGUGUCCAGCAUCAACACGCUGGUCAACAAGACCAUGGAGGACACGCUUAUGACAGUCAAGCAGUAUGAGACAGCCAGGCUGGAGUAUGACGCGUACCGCACGGACCUGGAAGAGCUGAGCAUGGGCCCACGCGAUGCCGGCGCUGUGAGCCGCCUGGACGCAGCCCAGAGCCAGUUCCAGAGCCACAAGGACAAGUACGAGAAGCUGCGGGCGGAUGUGGCCAUCAAGCUCAAAUUCUUGGAGGAGAACAAGAUCAAGGUGAUGCACAAGCAACUGCUGCUGUUCCACAAUGCCAUCUCUGCGUACUUUGCUGGGAACCAGCAGCAGCUUGAGCAGACCCUCAAGCAGUUCAACAUCAAGCUCAAGACCCCCGGCGCCGAGAAGCCCUCCUGGCUGGAGGAGCAGUGAGCCCCCCGUGCCCCCCGGAUGGAGGAGCACACAUGGACCUCAGUUGUGGCCAGGGGCUUGUGGGGGCCACAACCUGGGCCUGGUCUUGGAUGGGGGGGGGCCACCAGGUGUGGGGAGCUGCCUGGGGCCCCCCAUCCCACAGCCCCUCCUCAGGGCAGGGUGCAGCAGCUCCUCAGCACAGACCCCACACAGCAGACAGCUGGAGCCCCCCUGCUCCUGACACUCCUAAGGGGCUGGGGACACCCCACUCACCUUGGGGUGAGCCAGGACCUUCCACUGUCCCCCUCUGCCUUCCCGGGGCAGGAUGAGGGUGCACCCCUCCCAGGCCCACUGCCAACUUCCACCCAGAGAGACCCCUGCCCUGUGGCACAGUGGAGCUGGGUGGGGGCAGCACCGGAAAAGCCAGGUUCCCCCUGUGUCAGGGCAGGGCUGUGGGGCCUCCCCGCUGCACCUGGCACCCAGGUAGGCUCCUGCUCUGCCCUCCAGUGCCAGGGACACCCUGGCUCCCUCCAGGCCAUUCACAGGUGUUUCCAGUGUGGCUGCUCUUGCACUCCUGAUUCAUAGGGCGCUGCACCCCCCAAAGACCCCCCCUGCCUCCCUGGGGCAUCCUGGGUGGGCUGGUGAUAGGUCCCUGUGCCCUGCAGCUAGUGGCAGGGGGGAGUUGCUGGCCCGGUCCCCGGGAAGAGGGCAGGGGGCUCCAAGCAGGGACCAAACGUCAGUGGAGGCACAGGGGGGAGCACGCGUGCCCGUGCAUGUCCGUGUGCGGGGCAUGUGUGUCCUGGGGCUGGGGUCCUGCCAGGGUUCACCCCCACCCCUCAAGGGGCCCCCCGCCCACCCCCGCACUUGGGCACUUUCUCCU